GCAUACAGUCAUUAUUUAUACACAUUUCUCACUUCUGUUUUAAAAUGGGAGUAAAAAAUCAGGUAUACAUGAAAUACGCAUACAUUCUUUUUUCUAAUUUGUGUAUGUUGGUUUGAGAUAUGUCACAACGUUGCCUUUGGUUGGCUGCUUGCCGAAUACAUGUGGCUGCUACGUUUUCAAAGAGUUAAGAGGGUACACAACAUCACUCCUUUUUGUACAAGCUUCAAUAAAAGUAAGAACAAUUUAGAUCAUCCGAGGAGGGGCGUCUAGAACUUGCAUGUUGAAAACAGAAGGAGAUACUCGAUACAAUUUCUCCCACACGCGAAUUGAACUCAGGUCUUCUGAGAACGACAACCAAGCGCCUGACCGUUAUAACACAGACUCUGGCUCGUGGAUUCUAUUUUGUUCCGGACUUUCGAUAAGGUUUAGAUUACAAUGUCUACACAUUGUUGGGCCAUGGAACUAGGGACCAACUUUUUUCCUCACAGCCACGUGAUGUGUCCCAAACGUAAAGGUCGUUGAGCCUGACGACCAUUUCAUUCCCUCCGUCUGUUGGGUGGUCGAGAUAAAACAACGCGAGGCCAAAGGUGAGAGCAGUCUCGUUUGAUCAGUCGUGAAGCUAUCUGGAUAUUUCUUGUUUGUGGAGAAAUUACGUGUUCAAUUUCAGUAAUCAAUGUUUUUCAGAGGUUGCGUGUUCGAAACAAGAUAAAGUGUUGGAGGAGCGAGAACAAUGGGGGAGGCAACUCGAGUUCAUCCUGACAAUGAUUGGAUACGCUGUGGGUCUCGGCAACGUAUGGCGCUUUCCCUAUCUCUGUUUUCAAAAUGGAGGAGGUGCCUUCCUCAUUCCUUACGUCAUCUGUCUUGUUCUGUUGGGUAUACCAAUGUUUGCACUUGAGUGUGCGUUUGGGCAGUAUGGCGGGAAAGGACCUCUCAGUAUCUGGAGCAUCAACCCGACGUUCAAAGGCCUGGGGAUAUCGAUGGUUGUGGCUGCCGCUUUGAUCUUCAUUUACUACGACGUCAUCAUCGCCUGGGGUCUACGCUUCCUCGUGGCGUCAUUCACCACAGACCUCCCAUGGGUAGAAUGUCACGACUGCAGUUGUCUGUUGUACAACCAGAAGAACGUGACCUCUGAGCUCGUGGAGACGCUGAGGUACAACAACUCACUCAACAUCCCUUGUCCAAAUAUUUCCAUCAAUGGUAGCACAUCCUCUCCCAGCGAACUAUUUUUCAGCAAAGAGAUCCUCAACGACUCAGGGAGCAUAGAAGAGGCAGGGGAGAUCCAGUGGCAGUUGCUGAUUGCCAACGGCGUGGCUUAUGCCAUCGUUUUCUUGGUGUUGCUCAAAGGCAUACAGUCCCUCGGCAAGGUUGUUUACUUCACCGCAACGUUCCCUUAUGUGCUCCUCACAAUCUUGCUGGUCCGGUCCGCCAUGUUGGAUGGUGCCUACGAGGGAGUUAUCUACUACCUGACUCCACGCUGGGAGCGUUUGGCCGAUGCCUCGAUGCCCAAUGCACUUGGUGACGUUGGGGACAACUGCAAUUAUAAGCACAUGUUUAUCAUUGUCAUAUUUAUUGUUCCUUUUUCUUAUUGUUUUCUCAUUAUUUAUUAUCUUCCCAGGGAUGCCUUUAUGAUCCCCAUCAUCAACUGUCUGACCAGCUUCUACGCUGGGUUCGUGGUCUUCUGCACUCUGGGACAUAUGGCCAAAAUCAAGAACGUGGACAUUGACGACGUCACAAAAGGAGGCCCAGGAUUAGCUUUUAUUGUAUACCCAGAAGCCAUUGCGAGCAUGCCAGUGUCCACAUUAUGGGCUAUCCUCUUCUUCUUCAUGUUAUGCAUUCUCGGAUUCAGUACUCAGUGUUACGUCCUUACAAACACAUUGAGGGUCAUUUCGGUGGAAGAUCAUUUUUGA